AUGUAUUCGAUCUUAGCUCGAAUUCGCGAUUUCAUCUUUUCUCAAAGUGCAUCUCGCAACUUGGGCUUGCUGGUUAUUGGCAUCAUCGUGCUAAGACGGCUGUAUAAACGACUCAAUGCUAAAUCGAAACGGCAUUUGCGUGGAAAAGUGGUAUGGAUUACAGGUGCAAGUUCCGGAAUCGGUGAAGCAUGUGCUAAAGAAUACUUUGCCAAUGGCGCCAAAGUGAUCAUGAGUAGUAGAAAUUAUCAAUCUUUACUAAAGGUCAGAGAUGCUAUGGUCGCUGGAAAAGAUAUCGAUGCAGAAUGUAUGCCUCAAAUUCUUCCAUUAGACCUUAGCAAAACGGAUCAACUAGAAGAUAUCGUUGAAAAGGCAUGGUCUAUACAUGGUGUGAUAGACAUCCUUGUUAAUAAUGCCGGGGUAAGUAAUCGUGGCUCAGUAGCAGAUUCAAAAAUGGAUGUAUAUCGGCAUAUAAUGGAAGUCAAUUUCUUCGCUCCUCUAAUUCUUGUUAAAGCCAUACUGCCAAAGAUGACUCAACGAAAAGAUGGACAAAUAAUAUUUGUUAGUUCAGUUCAGGGGAAAAUGGCCAUUCCUUAUCGAUCAGCAUAUGCAGCAUCAAAACAUGCCUGUCAAGCACUUUGUGAUAGCUUACGUGCUGAAGUUGCUCAGCAUAACAUUAAAGUAUUUAUUGUAAGUCCUGGAUACGUACGCACCAACUUGUCUCUCAAUGCAUUGGCUACUGAUGGAUCUAAACAUGGAGUGAUGGAUAAAAACACAGCUCAAGGGAUGGCACCAGAGAAAUUUGCUUCAUUAUUGGUUGACUAUGCGGUCAACGAGGAACAGGACGUCGUAAUAUGUCCUGCUAUUCCCAAGGCAGCCAUAUUUGCAAAGUAUAAUAUUCCCAACUUAUAUUUUUGGAUAAUGCGUCUUAGGGCCAAUAAAAAUAGCGAAUAA